AUGUUUUUGAUCUACAAACAUAUCAAGAAGCGGAACGAGAAAAGACGGGUUGAGGCUGCAGCUCUGAAGCAUACGGGGAACAUUCAAAACGCAAGCGACAAUAUAACCCUGGCACACGGCUCACGCGAAGCCAUUCCUCUAGACGCUACAUUCGUCGAACACUCUGAAGCGACACCAGCGCAUGCCGCACCAGUUCACGAUGUACCAGCGGAACGAUCCCAAAAUAAAGCCCCCUCAUUUGAAGCCAAAGACUUGAAAGAGAAGAAGGAAAGGAAGGUUCUUACCCCUGAGGAGGUCGCAGAGAAGAAGAGGAGGACCAUUUAUCGAUGGAAAAUCGUUCUCGGUCUGUUCAGCCCUUUCUGCUUACAAGCUCUGGACACAACAAUCGUGGCUUCGGCACUGCCAUAUAUCGCGGAAGACUUUAAUCAAGUAAAACAACUAAACUGGAUCAUCUCCGUCUUCAACCUAACAUCCGCCGCCUUCCUUUUCAUCUGGGCCCAACUAACCGACCUCUUCGGUCGCCACUAUGUUCUCCAAUCUGCAAUUUUGAUAAUGAUGAUCGGCUCCGCAAUCUGCACCGGCGCCCCAACGUCCUCUUUCCCAGUCCUCCUUCUCGGCCGUGCCAUUCAAGGUGUCGGCGCCGCGGGCGUGAAUAUGUCCAUCCGAACAAUUCUAGCCGACCACGUCUCACUUUCUGAGUACGCACUCAACUGGACAAUUUUCGCGCUUGUUUCGGGCAUCGGGUUUAGUAUCGGUCCUGUCAUUGGUGGCUAUUUGACGCAGGCUUCGUGGAGAUGGUGUUUUGCGAUAAAUCUGCCAAUCGCAGUUAUAGCUAUGGUUGUGAUUGUCAUUGUAUUGAGAAAUGACUUACAAGGUCCCCAACCUAUUCUGAUGAUGGAAGGUGUGGACGUUACGACAAUAUCGGGACGAUUCAAGGCCAGGAUGUCGACUCUCGAUUAUGGCGGCCAAUUGCUAUUCCUUUGGGGGUUCGGAUUAUUGAUCCUGGCUUUCACAUGGGCUGGAGGUACUUAUUCUUGGGAUUCGGCUGCUGUCCUUGCUCCACUCGUCAUCGGUGCUGUCUUGGCAAUUGCAUGGGUUGUGUAUGAGUAUUUUAUGAUACCAGGGUCUGCUAUUGCGAGAGCGCUUCCGCACCAGAAGGCUAUGAUUCCUUGGGAAUUGUUGCAAGAGCGCGAUAUUGGUCUGCUAUUCUUGGUCAACUUCUCCAUUGGUAUUGGCAUGUUUGCAGUUAUGUAUUUCAUGGACCUGUACUUUGCGCUCGUGGAGGGGAAGAGCUCUGGUCAUUCCGGUCUUGCGCUGUUAUAUUUCCUGCCUGGCUUGGGUGUUGGCGCUUACAUGGCUAUGUUCUCCUCUAACGUCUGGCCCCGCCAAACUUUCCCAGCACUUAUGCUCGGGAGUAUAACUGCCGCGAUCGGCAUUUCAGUUCUCGCCUGGGCUGUUCAUGCGGGAGAAACGAACGUGAUUUACGGCAUGAUGGCAUUAGUUGGCCAUGGAGUCGGAAUGCGCAUGAACCCAGCCUCGCUACAUGGCCUAGCCUAUUUCCCCGCCAUGACAGCGCAGAUCUCGUGUCUUGUCUCCUUCGCCAUUCCAUUUGGUGGUCUGAUCGGCCUCACAAUCAUGACUACGGUCUUCACGAAUACGAGCGGCGCUGGGGAUGCUCGUGCAAGGGAUGGUAUUAAGUGGGCGUUUAUUGCGAUGAUUCCUGUGAUGUGGCUUGUUGUGGUUCUUACGACCUUCCUUGGGAAUGUUUGGAUUUUGAAGGACGGAGGGCAUGAGAUUGCUACUCGGCCUUAUCUUUGGAAUCUAUUGCUGCGGAGGGAUUUAAAGAAGGAAAAGAGAAAUCGAGAACAGGAGAAUGGACUUGCAAUGGGGAGAAAGGAGGAUGCUGAGACAGUCAUCGUCUUUAGAUAA